AUGGUCAACCAUGAUCUCACCCCAGACACCUACCCUCCGGCUGUGGAUGCUGCUGAGAGGGGUAGGCUCGUCGAGGUCAUCAAGGACUGGACGGUUGCCAACGGAUUGACAGUCCGCCCACCACCUGCUCUGGUCUCAGCCGACUCUGAUCCUCAAGGGGUUCUUGCGACGAGCGUCCCUGUCACCUUGUUUCCCAGUCCGUUUCCACGAGUCUGCUUUGAUCAGGCCAAGGCUGUCCAGAAGGCAUACAAUGACUUGUAUGCCAAAGUCAGCCAGGAUGAAGAGUUUCUAUGCCUCGUCGUCAAGGAGGUUGCCGAUGGGGACGAGUUCAUUGCAAACUUGUGGAAAGUUCACUGCAGAGUCAAGGAGGAGGGCUAUGUCCAGGCGAGUGCAAACCUCUCUUUAGGGCUAUUCCGAUCCGACUACAUGGUCCAUCAGGACACGUCAGACCUAUCAGCCGGGCCAAAGAUCAAACAGGUUGAGUUCAACACCAUCGCCUCUUCAUUCGGCGGCUUGUCAUCUCAGACAUGUCUUCUACACAGGUUCCUCGCCGACACCGAGUACCCCUACGUCAAGCAGCCGGGGGCACACACCAAGCAAGACCUACCCCCAAAUGACAGCAUCGAAGGCUUAGCAGCCGGUAUGAGAGCUGCCUUCCAUGCCUAUUCCUCCUCAGAACUCGGCCUCGAGACCUGCAUCAUAUUCCUCGUGCAAGACGGCGAGCGCAAUGUCUUCGACCAGCGACACCUCGAGUACGCCCUUAAAAAGACUACUUCCCCACGCAUUCCCGUCUUCCGCCUGCCCUUCAGCGAGAUACUCCAGCGCACGCGCAUCGCCGAGACCCCAAAGCGCCAACUCCUCUACCGCCUGCCCAGCAAUCCCGAUAAGGAAUUUGAGGUCGCCGUCAUCUACAUGCGCUCCGGCUAUGGCCCUGCCGAUUACCCAGACGCCAGCGCCUGGGACGCCAGGUAUCACCUUGAGCGGUCCGCAGCGAUCAAAUGCCCGACCGUCCUCACGCAGCUCGCCGGCGCGAAGAAGGUCCAGCAGGUUCUCGCCACGCCCAAGCUGGACUCCGCGUCGUCCUCCGAGCUGAGCAGGUUCGUCCCUGAGAGCUCGCAGGCGUGGAGAGACCUGUGGGCGACCUUCACCAACAUCUUUCCCAUGGAUGACAGCACAGCCGGACAGGCGGCGCGGAAGCUCGCGCUCGACCCGGAAGAGUGCAAGCGGUACGUGCUCAAACCUCAGCGAGAAGGCGGCGGAAACAACUGCUACAAGGCAGCGAUCCCGCCGUUCCUGAAGGACCUGCCCGAGGCGCACUGGAAGUCGUACAUCCUGAUGGAGCUGAUCACGCCGCCGGCGGUCACGAACAUUAUUUUGCGCAACGGGCAGCUGGAGCAGGGCGGUGUCAUCUGCGAGCUGGGCAUCUAUGGUAGCUGUGUCUGGGACCAGAAGACCGGCGAGAUCUUGCACAACGAGGAGGCAGGAUACUUGCUGCGGACCAAGGGCGAUCAGAGCGAGGAGGGAGGCGUCGCUGCUGGCUUCGGCUGCAUGGAUUCAUGUAACCUUGUCUAAGACAAAAGCAAUUCACAUAAUCUCGAAGAACUAAGCAGAAAUUGAUCUGUACCUUGCUCGGU